AUGAUCCAACAAUGCGGACCAUCCCUGAUGGACCUCCCAAAGGAACUCCUAAUCCACAUAUCGUCUUUCUUAUCAAAGACCUCAGAUCUGAACGCUCUCUGUCGUGCAAAUAGCACCUUCAACGACCUCCUCACAAAACCUCUUUAUCGUCUGGAUAUCCACCAAAGCAGCAUCGCCCUCCACUGGUCCGCAAAACAUAAUCAAGCCUCAACGGCAAAGAAAUCCCUCUGCGCAGGUGCAGAUUCGCAACUUAACUCAGACUUUGACAAUCAUGUCAAAGGCUGUACUCCGCUACUCUUGGCAGCCUACUACGGCAGCGAGAGUGUCCUCUGUCUCCUACUAGAAAACGACGAUAUAAACUUCAACCCGAACGCGCGAGAUAGGAAAUACCUCCGGCCACCAAUCUCCUGGGCUGUGAAGCAGGGUCAUCGACAUAUUGUCCGUGCUCUAUUAAAGGACGAGCGUGUGGACGUUAAUCUGGAAGAUAAGAAUGGCGACACAGCGUUGCUCACGGCGGCUAAUAUCUCCCACUGGGAGACUGUUUCCAUGUUAGUAGGCAGUGGACGUGCAGAUCCAAGACUACAAAAUCGACAGGGCGCGACAGCCUUAUCGAAAGCUAGUCGUGAUCGAGAGGCCGAGGGCGACGUCGAUCUAUUAUUCGCUACGCAUUUGAGACUUAUUCUUGAUGGGAAUAAUGAGGAGGCUCAUAUCCAGCAUGUAUUUUUCUAUGCGGCUAUUAUGGGCCAAUUGGAGAUUGUGAAGUACCUUGUACAGUUCUUCGGGGAGAAACUCGAUCCAAAUGGUGGUGAUCAUGGGUAUGGACGCGGAGCGUUCUCCAUAGCGGCGGAUCGGGAGCAGAUUGAGGUUGUACGUUUUCUGUUGAGCUGGGAGAAGACAGAUCCGAAUCUCAGGGAUGGGUGGCAGCAUCAGUCGCCACUUUUUGUGGCGGCAAAGCAGAGACGGGUCGGGGUUGUGGAUGUUUUGGUACAGAGUGAACGGGUGGAGUUGGAGUUGGCGGAUGUUCACGGGACUACGCCUUUGAGUGAGGCUGCGACGAGAGAGGGGAACGGGGGUGUGAUUAAUAGUCUGGUUACGGGGGCACGAAGGGCGGAUCCGAAUGCGAGGGAUCAAAAUGGGGAGACAGCGUUGUAUAAGGCUGCUGCGAUGGGGAUCUUGGAGAAUGUGAACGCUUUGUUGGAGGCUGGAGGGAUUGAUCCUAGUUUGGGGGAUUUGGAAGGGAGGACACCGUUGGAUAUAGCGAGGGACUAUGGAUAUCCACUUGUAUGUAAGAGAUUGGAAAGUAUAUAG